AGGAAAGUUCCUUUUGUUUUUUUAUCUCCUUUUUGUUCCCUUUUCCAAACCUCAAACACCACACCCACAUAAAUCCAAACAGUAAAACCCUUUUCCUUUUUCCUUUUUUUUUAGUUGCUUACUAAUUUCCAAUCCCGAUGAGAGAGUUGUGCAACUGAAUGCUCAAAGAAGUUGGAAUCUUGUUCUUCAUAAAAUGGGCUUCUAGUAUAAAUCUACAACAUCAAUUUUGAAGGGCUGGUUUUUGUUUGUUUUGUUGAUUUGGUUCUGUAUGUGAAGAAAUAAAUACAUUUCAACUUGAAAAAAGAAAAAAAGAUGCAAACAGGGAGUUCAGGUGAAGUGCGAUCGGUGGUCGGGGCAACGGAUACAAGAGGGAAACACAGGAUUUCUGCUGAAUUGAAGAGACUCGAGCAAGAAACUCGAUUCUUGGAGGAAGAACUCGAACAGCUUGAGAAAUUGGAGAGAGCAUCUGCUGCUUGUAAAGAGCUGCUGAUGAAUAUAGAAACAAGACCAGAUCCUCUGCUCCCAGUAACCAAUGGCCCAGUAAAUCCUACCUGGGACAGAUGGUUUGAAGGACCACCAGAGUCUUCCGGUUGCAGGUGCUGGAUAUUAUGACCGUUGCAGAUGUUUUUCAUGAAUUCCUUUUUCAAGUGGACUUUGCAGAUAAAUUCGCUUACAACAGGUGACCACAAUACACAGUGUAUUCUAUGAACACAAGAUGAUCGUUCUUUCAGAAACAACCUCGUUGUCACACUUCAGCAGAUUCAUCAGACUCUGGAUGUUGGAGUGGCAUUCACAGUAACAGAUAUUAAGGAAUGUAUGAUGUUGAAAAAACUGAUGGAAUUUUCAACCCAAUUCAUUUAUAAAUUUCUAUGUGAUUGAGUGGUA